GUGGUGAAGGCGCGCUACAGCCUGGCCGAGGACGCCGAGGGCGAGGGCGUCCUCAUCUUCCCCGGCGCCGGCGCGGCGGCGGCGGCGGCGGAGGAGGUUGGCGGGAUGCCGCCGCCGCCGCCGCCGCCGCUGCCGGGACCGUCGGCGGCGCCGCCUUCGUCGUCGUCGUCCUCCUCGUCUUCCUCCUCCUCCUCCUCCUCGCUGGGCGCCCCGGCGCGCUGCGGGAAGUGCGGCGAGGGCUUCCAGGGGGUGGAGAAGUUGGUGUUCCACAUGCGGGCCCAGCACUUCGUCUUCAUGUGCCCGCGCUGCGGCAAGCAGUUCAACCACAGCAGCAACCUCAACCGGCACAUGAACGUCCACCGCGGCGUCAAGUCCCACGGCUGCGGCGUCUGCGGCAAGAGCUUCACCCAGAAGUCCACGCUCCACGACCACAUGAACCUGCACAGCGGCGAGCGGCCCUACCGCUGCUCCUACUGCGACGUGCGCUUCGCCCACAAGCCCGCCAUCCGCCGCCACCUCAAGGAGCAGCACGGCAAAACCACGGCCGAGAACGUGCUGGAGGCCAGCGUGGCCGAGAUCAACGUGCUGGUGCGCUGAGGGGGGGGGGGGGCGCCGGUCCCAGCCCCCC